AUGCGAAUGUAAUUCUGGAUCUGUCAGAGAUAACUGCAGCGUUGCCGUUGACAACUGCCAGGAGCACAAGUGUCAGGGAAACAGUGUCUGCAUCGAUGGAAUCAAUGGUUAUACCUGUUUGUGCUCGGAAGGUUACAGUGGCCGUUUCUGUGAGCUCCCCUCCCAGGCUUCCUCAGACUCCGUCCAAUGUCAGCUGCAAGAUUGUCUCAAUGGUGGGGUGUGUGUGAACAUUGGUGCCCACACCCUGUGCCAGUGCCUCCCUGGCUUUGGAGGGUCACGCUGCGACAAGCUGGUCAGCGUCAACUUUGUGGAUCGGGACUCCUACCUCCAGUUCACCGAGCUCAAGAACUGGCCCCGUGCAAACAUCUCACUGCAGGUCUCGACUGCAGAAGAUAACGGGAUCCUCCUCUACAACGGAGACAAUGACCACAUCGCAGUUGAACUUUACCAGGGUCACGUGCGGGUCAGCUAUGACCCUGGCAGCUACCCGAGCUCUGCCAUCUACAGCCUGGAGACGAUCAAUGAUGGACAUUUCCAUACAGUCGAGAUUGUGACCUUGGACCAGAUGGUAAACCUCUCCAUUGAUGGUGGAACCCCCAAGAGCAUGGAGAGUUCUGUCAAACAGUCAACACUCAACCGUGAGACACCACUUUACAUUGGAGGGAUGCCCAUCGAUGUGAAUUCUGCAGCAUUCCGGCUCUGGCAGAUCCAGAAUGGAUCCAGCUUCCAUGGGUGUAUUCAGAACCUCUACAUCAACAACGAGCUCCAGGAUUUCACCAAGACCCAGAUGAAGGCUGGCGUGGUGCCAGGCUGUGAGCCCUGCAGGAAGAUCGUCUGCCUCCAUGGUAUCUGCCAGCCUCGGGCAGAGUCAGACCCUGUCUGCCACUGUGAGCCGGGCUGGCUGGGACCUCGCUGCGACCAGCCACUUGGUGAUCCAUGCCUGGGACACAAGUGCGUGCACGGACGCUGUGUAGCACUGGACCGGGUGACUUACCGCUGUGAGUGCGAUAAGGGACACAAGGGAGCACUCUGCAACCAGCAACAGGAGCUGUUUAACCCCUGCAAGAGGUUGCAAUGUGAGCACGGUCAGUGUCAGAUCUCUGAGCUGGGAGAAGCCAAGUGUGAGUGUGAAGAUGGUUACACCGGAGAUCUCUGCAACCAAGAAGCGGAGUGUCGAGGGGUGCCCGUGCGCGAUUAUUACCAGCUCCAGAGGGGCUACACCAUCUGCCAGAGCACUCGGCGUGUCUCCUGGGUGGCGUGCCAGGGAUCGUGCCAGGGUCAGGGUUGCUGCAUCGAGCUGAGGGUGAAGAGACGGAAAUACACCUUCGAGUGCAGCGAUGGCUCGUCCUUCACCGAGGAAGUGGAGAAAAGCACCAAGUGCGGCUGUACCCGGUGCCUGUAGCUUCCACCGACCCCCUGCCCAACAGAGUAUAUUAUAUAUAAUUAAAUAAAAACACACCCCGUCAACAACAUUGCAAAUCAGCAAGAUCGACAGAGGACGGUGACUUAUUUGUACAAUUAAACUCGUUUGAAACAGCCACAGAAAAUAUAAAGGAAGAGAAUCAUCUGAUCCGGACCUGAGAUAGAAACGUACAUUCAGAAGAGCAGAAACUGCCGAGUUACUUUGACAGAGCUGGAACAUCAUGGGUCCGGGCCUGGGGCUACAGGCAGCAGCACCAAACCAAGGGGAAAUCUUGGGAGAGGAGCAAACACAAUCCAGGAUGCUAACACUGUCUGUCACUUGUCUAUCUUACAUUCUUGUCUGAUG